AAAAUAGUAGAAGAACACUUGGAUGAGUAGUAACAGUAAAUGAAGACUUGAAUGUGUUGUAGCUUUCAUUUGACAUUUGCACAGCAAGACUCCCACAAGGACUUGAGAAACAACUAGUCUUCCUUUUUCAUCAUUCACCGUCUUUCUUGACUUUAAUUAACUUCCUCUGCUCUUUAAUUUCAUCCCAAUUACUUCUAUAUCCCAUAUAUGACCAAACUUUUGCCCACAAGUUUUUGAGAUGAUUUUACAUGGUAGAGAGACAAAGACUCAUUGACUUCAAAGUUAUUCAGAUUCUAUGCCGCAUUUUACACGCAAGACUUCUAAUAUGAUAUACUACGAUAUAAAAGUGUACCCCGCAACAAUUUCAUCAAAUCAAACAAUCCAAUUCAAAAUCAUUUGGCAAUAUACAAGGAUGGUUCCCAAAAUACUCUCUAUACUUCAGUCUUUCACUCUCUUAUACCUCUUUACCGUUACUUUUGCUUCUACUGAGGAAGCAAAUGCUCUCUUAAAAUGGAAAGCAACUUUACAAAACCAGAACAAUUCCUUAUUGGCUUCAUGGACACUAAGUUCUAAUGCAUGUAGGGACUGGUACGGGGUUAAAUGCUUUAAUGGUAGGGUAAACACGUUGAAUAUUACAAAUGCUAGUGUAAUUGGUACACUCUAUGAUUUUCCAUUUUCAUCUCUCCCUUUUCUCAAGUAUCUUGAUCUUAGCAUGAACAAUUUCUCUGGCACCAUCCCACCUGAGAUUGGUAAUCUCACUAAUCUUGUCCAUCUCCAAUUGUCCAACAAUAAAAUUUCAGGCACAAUCCCACCACAGAUUGGCUCACUAGCAAAGCUUCAGACUCUCCGCAUAUUUGACAACCAUUUAAAUGGCCCCAUCCCGGGAGAAAUAGGUUGCCUAAGGUCUCUUACUAAGCUAUCUUUGGGUUCUAACUUUCUUAAUGGUUCUAUUCCUAUUUCAUUGCAGAACUUGACCAAUUUGUCUUUUUUGUAUCUUUAUAAGAAUCAGCUUUCUGGCUUUAUUCCAAAAGAAAUAGGUCACCUAAGGUCUCUUACUGAGCUAAGUUUGAGGAAAAACUCUCUCAGUGGUUCUAUUCCGGCUUCAUUUGGGAAUUUGACCAACUUGUCUACUCUAUAUCUAUAUGAAAAUCAGCUUUCCGGUUCCAUUCCUGAAGAAAUAGGUUUCCUAAGGUCUCUUACCAAGCUAGUUUUGAGUACUAACUUUCUUAAUGGUUCUAUUCCUGCUUCAUUGGGGAAUUUGAACAACUUGUCCCUUUUGUAUCUUUAUGGAAAUCAACUUUCUGGCUCCAUUCCUUUGUCUAUUUGCAAUUUAACAUCACUACGAAAUCUAAAUUUGGGAAGAAACAACCUCAAGGGAAAAAUUCCGCAAUGUUUUGGCAACAUGAGUGGUCAUCUUGAGGUUUUGGAUAUGCACAACAACUAUCUUUCAGGGACUCUUCCAACAACUUUUAGCAUUGGAAGUGUACUCAAAAGCUUCAACUUACACGACAAUGAACUAGAGGGCAACAUCUCUGUAUCUUUGGCUAAUUGCAAAAAGUUGCAAGUUCUUGAUUUAGGAGAUAGUCACCUCAUUGACACAUUCCCGAUGUGGUUAGGAACUCUUCCAAAGUUGAAAGUUUUAAGCCUAAGAUCAAAUAAAUUACAUGGAUCAAUUAGAACUUCAAGGAUCGAAAACAUAUUUCCCGAGCUUCGAAUUAUAGAUAUAUCUUACAAUGCCUUGACGGGAAACUUGCCAACAAGUUUGUUUCAACAUUUGAAAGCUAUGACGACAAUGGAUCAAACAAUGAUGUCACCAACAUAUGUUAAUAUUUAUUUUGUACAUGGAUAUUACCAUGAUUCCAUAACAGUUGCAACCAAGGGAUUGGAGCUUGAACUUGUUAAAAUUUUGACUGCUUACACUGCUAUCGAUCUUUCAAGUAACAAAUUUGAAGGACAUAUCCCAAGUAUUUUGGGAGAUCUCAUUGCCCUUAGGGUGCUAAAUUUAUCUCAUAACAGAUUGCAAGGCCAUAUACCACCAUCACUUGGAAAUUUAUCAGUAGUCGAAUCAUUAGACCUUCCAUUUAACCAUCUUUCGGGAGAGAUACCACAACAACUUGCUUCUUUGACGUCUCUUGAAUUCUUAAAUCUCUCCCACAAUUAUCUUGAAGGAUGCAUUCCUAGAGGACCUCAAUUUGCUACAUUUCAGAACAAUUCAUAUCAAGGUAAUGACAGAUUACAUGGAUUCCCAGUUUCGAGAGGUUGUGGCUAUGAUGGGGUAUUAGAGACAAAUUAUACCGUGCCUGCACUAGAUGAUCAAGAAAGCAAUUCUGAAUUUCUCAAAGACUUUUGGAAAGCUGCUCUUAUGGGCUAUGGAAGUGGACUAUGUAUUGGAUUAUCCAUAGUAUAUUUCAUGAUUUCAACUGGAAAUCUGAAAUGGAUUGUAAGAAUCAUUGCAGAACUGGAACGAAAGAUCAUUAUGAGAAGGAGCAAGAAGCAGCGAAGUCAAAGGAAUUACAGAAGAAGAACUAAUCACUUAUAG